AUGGAGCAGGAGAGGCAGGAAGGCCUUGAGAUGAAGAGGCAGCGACUGGAACAGGAGAGGCAGGAAGACCUCGAGCUGGAGCAGCAGCUGGAGCAGGAGCAGCGCCGUGAGGCCGAGAGACAGGAGCGAAGGCUCCAGCGCGUGAUGAGGAGACCGCAGAACGGGGCCCAAGGGGAUCCAGCCCAAACAGAAGCCCAGAUGGAGGCCGAUGCUCAAACGCGGAUUCAGCAUGAGAUCUUCACCCGCCCCCUGUCAGGCCACAACCCGAGGAUCAUCUUCGACGACGACGACCGUCCGCACAUCAGCGAGGCGACGGCGUUCCUGAUGCGGCUGCCACAGGCGUUCGUGAUGGCUAAGCUGCGCAAGCUGGUCGAGGGCAAGUCAUUCUUCGACGUUGCGCACCCGGGUAGCGUGCACAUGGGGUGUUGGGUAGUGUCAUCGAAGCGGGCGUCGUGCGACAUGCGCAUGAAGCUGACCGACUCGGGCGAGAAGCACGGCUUCUCGUUUCCUCGCCUGGCCGUGCGCAUGUGGCACGACGAGCAGUCCAUCUACAGCCUGGUCCAGCACCACAAGCACCGCCAGAAGGCCGUCCACACCUGCCACAUCGAGACGUGCAUGCGCCCUGACCACAUCGUCGUCGAGCCCAGCAGCGCAGCGGCGGAGCGCCGCAGGUGCAAGCGCGAGGGAUGGUGCCCCGGCCACGAAUUUGUCCACAAGGACGGAACCAGGCAGGCCAGGAAGCCGUGUAUUUUCCCUCCGCAAAACGCAAAUCUGAGGCGGUGA